UUCACGUCGGCAUUCAGCAGCUAUCCAUGUGCUUUUUAAUAAUAAUUGAUAAUUUAACAAAAUAGUAUAAGAAUACAACCGUAGGCCAUUGACAAGGAGGUAGUUCAUGUUCCUUUUAUUUUUAGAAGGAAGGAGAGAAGGAUCGUUUAAAUAACUAUUCAUAGUUAAUGUAUUUAAAGUUUUGUCUAGUUUUUAAAAAAAUAAUUUAGUUAUAAAAUGCGUAUCGAUACUUGUUAUUUUUGUUCGUCUAAAAUGUAUCCUGGGCAUGGCAUGCAUUUUGUGAGAAAUGAUUGUAAAGUUUUUAAAUUUUGCCGCUCAAAAUGUCACAGAGCAUUCCAAAAGAAGAAGAAUCCAAGACGUGUGAGAUGGACCAAGGCCUACCGUAAAACUGUUGGAAAAGAAUUGGCUGUCGAUCCAUCAUUUGAAAUUGAGAAACGUCGUAACAUACCUAUGAAAUAUGAUCGCGAAUUUUGGCAAAUGUCGAUGGAAGCUAUUAAAAAAGUGACAGAGAUUCAACAAAAACGGCAAUCCACUUAUGUUAUGCAACGGUUACGUAAAGGACGUGAAGUCGAGCAACAUAGAGAUAUUAGAGAAGUACAGAGAGAUAUGUCAUUAAUUCGAUCACCUGCAGCAGGACUUAAACAACGUUUAGCUACUGAAGAAAAACUACUAGAAGAACAGCAAGAAAAUGAUGUAGAGAUGGUUGCUGAAGAAAAUAUUGAUCAUAGCAAAUUGACAUACAUAAAAAUAUAAAAAUUAAUUAAUUUGUAUUUAUAUUAUUAAUGUAUUAAUAAAUAUGUGUCAUAAAAAC